AUGAUUACUACCUCUUCUUGUUAUAAUCUCACGGCUACUUCCAUUUUCUUUUCUUCUUCCGGAACCGAUGAGGCUAUGAUUUCGUGGAGGCUGUUUUACUUGAGAGAUGUUCAGAUUCUCGAGCUCUUUGUUGCCGUAUUCGCGUUUGUCACCAUACACUCCUUGCGCCAGAAGAAACAUCAAGGUACGCCCAUUUGGCCGUUUCUCGGGAUGCUUCCUUCUUUGGUUUUCGCUGUUCGAAGAAACCUCUACGAGUGGCUCUCUGAGGUUCUUAUCAGCCAAGACGGGACUUUCCGGUUAAGAGGUCCUUGGUUCAGUAGCUUAAACUGCAUCGUGACUUGCGAUCCAAGAAACGUCGAGCAUCUUCUGAAGACCCGUUUCUCUAUCUACCCCAAAGGUUCUUUCUUCCGUGAGACUGUCCGAGACCUACUCGGAGACGGAAUAUUCAACGCGGAUCAGGAGACGUGGCAGCGGCAAAGGAAGAUAGCGAGCGUCGAGUUCCAUUCGGCUAAAUUUAGGGAGUUGACCAGUCAUUCUUUGCACGAGCUCGUGCACAAUAGACUCUUGCCGGUUCUAGAGACUUCUGAAAAGUUUGAUCUUCAAGAUGUCUUGUUAAGACUAACGUUCGAUAAUAUAUGUAUGAUUGCUUUCGGGGUCGAUCCAGGCUGUCUUGGUCCAAACCUACCAGAGAUUCCUUUCGCAAAAGCAUUCGAGGAUGCGACAGAAGCAACAGUUCUUCGAUUUGUGAUGCCUACGUUCGUGUGGAAGCUCAUGAGGUCUCUCAAUUUGGGAACAGAGAAGAAGCUAAAGGAGUCAAUACAAGCUGUCGAUGAUUUCGCUGAGGAAGUUAUCCGGGCGAGGAAGACAGAGCUGUCUUUAGAGACCGAAUCAUCAAAGAGAUCAGAUCUCUUGACUAUUUUUAUGGGUCUACGCGACGAAAAUGGAGAGAGUUUUUCGAAUAAGUUCUUGCGAGAUAUUUGUGUGAACUUCAUACUUGCCGGGAGAGACACUUCGUCUGUGGCUCUCAGCUGGUUUUUCUGGUUAGUCGAUAAGAAUCCGAAGGUGGAGGAGAGAAUUAUGGUGGAGAUUUGCAAGAUUCUGGAGGAGAGAGGUUAUCAUGGAGAUACAGAGGAUAAGAUAGAAUAUGAUCCUGAGUUCACACCAGAAGAGAUCAAGAAAAUGGAUUAUCUUCAAGCUGCUUUGUCUGAAACUCUCAGAUUGUAUCCUUCUGUUCCAGUAGAUCACAAAGAGGUACUGGAAGACGAUGUAUUUCCAGAUGGGACAAAAUUAAAGAAAGAAGAGAAGGUUAUAUACGUGAUUUACGCGAUGGGGCGUAUGGAGACGAUUUGGGGGAAAGAUUGUCGUGAGUUCAGGCCAGAAAGGUGGCUAAGAGACGGCCGAUACAUGAGUGAGUCGGCCUAUAAGUUCACGGCCUUCAACGGUGGUCCACGGCUAUGUGUAGGCAAAGAUUUUGCGUAUUACCAGAUGAAAUAUGUAGCAGCUUCACUUAUUUACCGAUAUAGGGUGAGGGUUGAUGUGAAGAGUGGUCAAAAGGUUGAGCCAAGGAUGGCACUAACUAUGUACAUGAAGCAUGGCUUGAAGGUGGAUAUGGUCAAGCGGAGCGUCUAUGAGAUAGACAAUUACUAUUCUCAGUGCCGUUAA